AUGUUAGGAAAUAAAUUUUAUCCUUCUGAUAAUAAUCCAGAAACUGACCCUUUAUUAAUUUUAUUUGGUUUUGUUGGUUCAAAUGAAAGAGUAAUGAAUAAAUAUAGAGAAUGUUGGAAAGGUUUUAAUAUUUUUCUUUUUACACCUCCAUGUGAUAUGACAAUUUAUUUAAUGAGAGUUGGUUGUAGAAAGUUCAAUAAGGAAUUAAACAAAUAUUUUAAAAAUAAUCCAAAUGCAAGUAAAAUCAUUUAUAUUCAUGGUUUAAGUAUUGGUGCAAGUUUUGUGUCUGGUUUUUUAAAACAAUUGGAAUUAUAUAAAAAUGGUAAAUUUUGUUAUAUUUUACCAUAUAUAAAAGGGAUUGUAAUGGAUUCAGGUCUCGUUCUCACUCAUAAUGAUGCAAUUACUGGUUUUAAAAGUGCAAUAAGAGCUCAAAUUGGUACAUUUGGUAAUGUAAUUCAACAUGUAGUACCAAUGUUUAAACCAUUUAUUAAAUAUUUUUGCAAACAUGAUGUACCUUAUCUUUUCAAGAAUAACUAUCAUUUUUUGGUUAUUUACAGCCCAUGUGAUCAAUAUUUCCCAGGUGCAAGUGAAAAUUUAAUUACUAGAUUAAAUGAUACUGACAGAAUAUCAAAUAAUAAUGAUAGAAUUAUAGUAGAAAAGAAAUUUUAUUCAAAACAUAUUGAACAUUUAAAAAGCAAUAAAACAGAAUAUAUUGAUUCAAUAAUUAAUUUUAUUAAUAUUACAAAUAAAUAA